AUGAGCGAACAGCAGAUUCAAGGAUUAUUUUCAUUCAAUGAUAUCAAUGGUGAUGUUGAAUUUCAACCAAACCUGUUAUCAAUAACCAACUUUGUCGUUGAUAAGACGAAUUAUCCAAUUGUAAGCUUACCAUUUCCCCCAGUAAUUGAACCAAAGGAUUUGAUUAUCAAGAAGAAAUCCUUACAAGAGAAUCCAGAUGGUAAACCAACCAGAGCCCCCAAUGCUUUUAUAAUUUAUCGCAAAGCAUAUGUUAAAGCCACACGUGACCAAGGAUAUUCUUUACCCAUGACCCUAAUCUCGUCAAUGGCUUCCGCAUCAUGGGAUCGAGAGAAUGUUGUGGUCAAAGAAGAAUAUAAGAGAAUUGCCAAAGAAACUCACAAAUUAAUUAAAGAAAUGUAUCCAAAGAAAUCCAAUCGAAGAAAGCGUAAAGAUAAAUGGAACCUAGUUUCUUUUCAAGAUAAAUCAACCGAUAAUAACGAGACGAACCUACCUGAAAAUAAAUUCAAAAACGUGCAAAAAUUAACGCAAACUUCAAUGACAACUAAUGUUCCAGAUUUAUUACUUACACCAUCAACUCCAAUUUCGAUAGCUUCAUCAUCGUCAUCGAGAUCAUCACCCAAUUUAUCGGAUAUCACGGAAUCAAGUCCGAUACUUCAACAACAAUCAACUCCCAUUCUAACAAACAAUAACCAAGAGCAAAUCUCUGAAGAAUAUUUAAACGAUGAAUUAAACAAUGUAAAUUUGCCAAAUUCUUUUCAAGAAUAUCUUAAUCAACCUAUAAAUGAUUUUUCGGAAAUGUAUUCUGAUUUAACAUUUGAUGGAUUAUUUGAUAUUUCUACAAUAGACGGUUUAAUAAAACGUAAUAAUCCUCGGUCUUCUUCUUUGGAUAUGACAUUGGCUGAAGCUUUUGGCAUUAUAAAUUCAGAAAAUUUUGAUUUAGGAUUCGAAUUUUAA